AGUUGGCAGCCGUGACGACAGACUAGCCUAAGUGGAGGAGUGGGGAACAGUGGGAUUUAUCCUCUCUGUUUCAUAAGUUACUUCAGCUUCUGCCACUGCCAAUGUGUCAGCAAUCACUAAAAGUUAGAUUUUUGCCCUCUUUCUUGUGACUAAUCAUAUCUGAGAAGAAGCACGUGAGAUAUUGGUUAUGGUCUCUGCUUAAAAUCUCCAAUCUCAAUGGUGUGCACACUUGUCAGAAAGGUUGAGGCCACCAACCUGUUCUUGUCCUCCUGGAUCUUAGUCUUCUUGGCUGUAGGAAUCACCAUAGAGGAAUGGACUGUACUGAAGUUGGGACCCCAAGACCCUAUAAUCAGCCACAGUCCGUGGAUAUGUUGUACUUCCCUGUGGCCAGCAGAUGGCCUGGAAGUGGUCAGGAAUAUUCUGAUUGUGGUGGUCAGCCUUUCCUUCAUGCAUAAUUUGCUUCUGGGUUUUGAAUUCACCUAUAUGAUUCCUCAAACCAAAUAUACUCUCAUUAUGACUGCCUGCCUCGCUUUCCUCACAGGCAUCCUUCUGCUCAGUGCACUCCUCCUGUAUCACCACAUGCUAAAUCAAGGUAAAUUCGUGUACUACUUGAGUUACAAGAUCUGCUGGAUCAAUUUCACUGCAUACUUAAAUGCUGUAUUGUUAUUCGCCUCUGGAUUUCUCUCUCUCUUACAGUACAAGCAGUCCACCAAUGGUUCUGGCAGCCUGAUCACCAUCCGCAAAUCUGCCAGAGAAAGUCAAGUUAUGGAACAACAUGUAGUUUCUAUCAAAGUUGUCUCAUUACCAGCAGGUACUGCAAUGCCUCAUAGUAUUGUCCGGGUACACUCUGCCCACGUGAAAGAAGAUUCUCCAAAAAGACCACACGUCCAAGCGCGUCGUGUAACCUGGGCUCUAUGAUUUGACAAUUUAUCUUUCAGUAUAUGUUCAUCUUAAUGGCAACAGCUUGUGCAUGUGUGGUGUGUGAAGGUCCAGCUGUAUGGUCUGGUUUGGAAUUAUAUAAAUGACUAU